GAGAAUCAGAGGAGGAGGUAGAAGUGAAGGGGUGGGUCCCUAUAAGAGCUACUGCCUCCAACCUCCACGUAGCCAGAGAAACCACGCUGAGACGGAGGGAAGGAAACCUACUCUGUCAAAUCUGCACGGACCCCAUAAAGGCACCCAGUCACACAACUAACACAGCAGGCGGUGGGACCAUGAAGACCUUGGUGGCUCUGCUGCUGCUCUGUCUGUGUGACCCUGGACGCAGCGACUGCCAGGCGGACUGCCUGUCCUGCAGCAAAACCCUGCCCAAGCUCCUCAAUUUCAAAACCGCGGUGUGUCUGAUUGAAUGUGAGGGCAAAGGGUCCCUUUCCUUCUCCUGGGACCUAUGUCGUAGCGCACUAUCAUCACCCGGUUCCUCUGUAGAUGGUACCCCAAGAAAAAGAUCUCAAGAAGAGGCAGAAUCUCUUUUUCCAGAAGAAGAGGAACAAAUGAAUGAAGAUCUAUUACUGCCCAUUGCAUUACAAAGGUUUGACCAUGUGGCCCGGGCACUCGAUAUGAAUGAUAGGGGUCUGGAUAGCAAGAGCGCUGCCUAUGAUUCCCAGAAUGCAUUGUCCCUUGAGAAUGAGUAUGAAGAAGAAGCAGAAGGGCUAGGAGAGGAUGCUGGGAUGGCAAAAACAGGACUGGGUGAGGCAGGUCUGAGCAUCUCUAAAAGGUUUGGUGGCUUUGUCAAAGGAAGACACGGUUACAGGAGACUGAUGUCUCCGGGAAGAUCCUACCAGAAGAGGUAUGGCGGUUUUAUCGGCAUUCGGAAGUCUGCACGCAAGUGGAACAACCAAAAACGUUUCAGCGAAUUCCUGAAGCAAUAUCUGGGUAUGAGCAGUCGGGCCACUGAGUUUAACAGCAUGUCAGACCUCACCCAACAAAACGAAGUUUAAUAGAGUAGUCCUACGAGCCCCCGCCAUUAACAGAACAACCUGAUGGGUUUUCACUGAUCUUAUUUAGCAAGUGGUAAAAUACGUUGACCUACUGAAUCUGCUAUAUAUAACUUACCAAGUACUUCAGCCCAUUAACUAAGACUCCUAUUGCAGUCAUUAUUGUCCCACAACAAAAGGUGACCUUUUCUGAUUUUCAACCCUGUUAUUUGAGUCAAUUUAUCAGACCGAGUUGUAAACAUGUCUGUCCGGCAGACACCUAUGGAUCAGUCUUGGAAAAUGUAUUCCGCCUAAAACAAUUCAUUGCUGUUUCUGAGGCCCUUGUCCAGCUCUGGAUCCUAGAACUCUAAUUCCAUUACUAUAAUAGGAUACACAUCAAUUCGAUUAUACCAAUAAUGAAGCCCAUAAUCUACUCGAAGUUUCCCUUUGGAGAAAGUCCUUAUCCUUGAGUCCUCUCACAAGUCUGGCAGCAAAAUGCAUAAUUCAUUGUAUAUUUAUUUUGCAAUCUACAAUUGAACUGAAUCCUAAAAAGAAUUGUGUAAUCAUUAUUUCCUGUUCUUGUUGUUGUUCUUGUUGCCCACUGAUAUUUUAUCAACAAAGCACUUUUAUUGUUAGAAAUGUGUAGUUUAUCUCUUUUUGUCAUACCUCAACCUAGUGGCCAAGUUCAAAGAUCAGCGAGGAUGAGGCUUUUUUGUUGUUUAUUUUAUGUCCUGAUAUCUCGAUUAGACGAGUGUCAGCAGUAAAUGUGGUUUGUGUUAAAUAAAAGAAUAUGUGUUGAAACACAAUUAAAAUGUAUUGGUUUAUAUGUGUUCUAAAAUAUACCUGAGACAGGCUAACUCAGGCAGUUUAAAUGAAUGACGAACAAGACAGCAAGGAGCAGUUGUUCAUAUUUUAUGACACUAGUCAUCUACAUGUGAGCAUAAUCUGACUGACUCUUAUGUUUCGAUGUCACGUUCUCUAUAAACAAGCUGUUUGAAUUGUACCGAUGUGAAGUGUUUUGGUUGCCCAGUAUUUGAACUUGUAAAUAGCUGAAUUUAAAAAUGUCAAUAAAUAUAGUUUACUAUUUCCUUCAUGGCUUGUCAUGCAGC